AUGUUAGCUCCUCCCUCUCAUCCCGGCCUUUUUAAAGUAGUUCAUCAAGGAAAUUCCGAUUCUUUUACCAGUAAACUUGUUGCAGAAUGUGAAUUUAAAAAAGAUCAAGUUAUAGUCGACUUGAAAGGAUUAAUAGUACCAGGUCCCAAGCGUUAUUCAUCCGUACAAAUUUCAGCUAAUGAACAUGUUGAAUUAAAUAGUGAUUUACUUUAUUUGAACCAUUCCUGUGAUCCUAAUACUUUUCUUGAUGUUAGUCAAUUAGAGCUCAUUGCGCUUAGAGAUGUUCAUAUAGGGGAUGAGCUUUUAUUUUUCUAUCCUUCUACCGAAUGGGAUAUGGCUCAAGCAUUUGAUUGCUGGUGUGGCUCAUCUAAAUGUAUUGGUAAAGUAAGAGGAGCUCAUGAGAUUCCUACUAAAAUACUAGAUCAAUUUAAAUUAAAUAAUCAUAUAAUUCAACUUGUUCAAGAACGAGAUUUUCCAUCUACAACAAGAAUAAUUAAUGAACAUUAA